CUUCGGGAAAGGCGCAGGAAAACCGAGGCCAUCCCACACUCCCGCCCGGCGCCGCACUCAAUCCCAACCGCAAUCACACAUCACAGGCUCAUUCCGAGUCCUGGGCAACUUCCCUGAACCAACCCCGGACUUUUCGCCGCACCCCUCCCCAAGCUCCGACGUCACAUCCGAAACUUCCGCGCAGAUAAAGGUGACGGCAAGGAACAGACGCCCUGCCGAGCUUCUCUUCACCAGCGCCACCAUCGCGAGUCGCCAUAUCCAUCUGACUUCCGACUGUCUGGCGCGCGCUCGCCAAGAAUGCGAGCGUAGCCUCUGUCGCUAUGGCGUCACUGGCCUCUGGCUCUGCUGCAUCCAGCCUGGGCGCUCCAACCGACCAUGGCCCCGCGCCUCCGACGCUCGCCAGGGUUCCCCCCAGGGCCGCCCCUGCGACCAUGUCCCAAGGCGUUCCUCCCUCGCUUUCCGCUGGGGACGACCCAGGUGAAAUAACUGCCGUCCAGAAGAUGAUGUCUGCGAUAUCAGGCAGUCUAUUGACUGGCCUUCUCGUGACACCCCUCGACGUGGUGCGCGUGCGACUACAGUCGCAGAAUGUCCUGAAGCCCGCCCUGGAACCCUACAGACUACCCCAGGGGAACCCUAGCCCAUUUCGACCCUCAAACCUAGGCGUUACAGCAUGCUGCCGCGAAGUCUUCUUUAUGAACAACAACGCCGAGGCUUGCAUCGCGGGGCCCCGGCUCCAGGGUGCCCCCACUCCGGGGUCGGACGGGGUCGCUGCGGCAUGCGCCGUCGAGCAGGCUCAACAAAGGACGUACACUUCGACAAUGGAUGGCCUGAGGAAAAUCGCACGGAACGAAGGCGUGACUACACUGUGGCGCGGCCUUUCACCUACGCUUCUCAUGGCAGUGCCAGGCAAUAUUAUAUACUUCACCGGAUACGAGUGGCUACGAUAUAACCGAGAAAGCCCCAUAUACAAGACUGUCAAGGAGGACUAUGCCCCGCUGGCAGCUGGAUCCGUGGCCAGGAUACUAGCGGCGGCAGCUGUCAGUCCUAUCGAACUCUUUCGGACGCGGCUGCAGGCCUCGCAUGGCUCGUCAGCGGCAGGCCAUGUCGCCGACACCUUCCGCGGCAUCCGAGAAAUGGUUGGAAGCCAGGGCUACCGCUCCCUAUGGCGCGGGCUGACGCUGACUCUCUGGAGAGACGUGCCGUUCUCUGGCAUGUAUUGGUGGGGUUACGAGGCCAUCCGUGGGGGCCUCACCGACGCGCGGGAACGGCAUAGGGGCCGCAGUCGUGAACCAGACGAGUCGCGCGGACGGGCCAGGCGGAGGUCACAAAGCCGCGAGAACCAUACCGACACCUUCGUGGACAGCUUCACGGCCGGGGCGCUGUCUGGCGCACUCGCAUCGGUAGCAACGACCCCGUUCGACGUUGGCAAGACGCGGACACAGGUCUACCAGAGCGCGGCCGGUGGAGCAUCCGCAAUCGCAGCCAAGUCGGUAGCCGCGGCGGCCGUGGCUCCUGAGGAACGGACUAUGGUGCAGCUGUUAUGGCACAUAUUCAGGGCCGAGGGCGUCCCCGGCCUUUUCAAGGGCUGGAUUCCACGGACGCUCAAGGUGGCUCCCGCAUGUGCCAUCAUGAUAAGCAGCUACGAGGUGGGCAAGAGGACAUUCCGGAGCAUGAAUGAGCGUGCUCUGCUCCACAACGUGGGCUCCGAUAUACAACGGUAAGCUGCGACCGCCAGCCGUUUAGGGUGCGUCAUUGCCUACCCAUGUACUUUUUCUUGGUUUGCAUGUUUUCUUGGGGCGUUGGGAGAAUUUGGGGCAGCUUACCGUGUUGGUACGUAGGGAGGCCGGCGUUUGGUGCGCGUGUAUACCAUCUCCCAUUCGUGCCCGCGGGUACUUAAUUUUAACAUCCGGCGUUUGUAGAUGGCCUGACUCCAUUCACUCCCAUGUAUGAACGAGCAAAAACAGUCUGUUGAGAAUGUUGGCAGGCAUGUAUUACGAUAAUUUCAAAGCAAACAUGCUCCCAUGUCCUGUUGUUUCCUGGCGAAGCCAGAGUUCCAGGCUAGUCGGGUGUAAGCUACACUCGAUUGGAUGGCGCGGGUUGCACGGUCUGCAAGGGCUGGCUUGGCUGACAGUACGGAGAUAGGAGGCGAAAAAAAUCGCCAUUUUCGAGGUAGCGCGAAGAGCACCCUAUGUUCAGCCCCUACCAAAUAAGGCCUAGCCUACAUUUCCUUUUCAACAUCAAUCGCGGCACCAAUCCGAACCCG